AUGGUCAAGUUUCUAUUUGGAAGGCCUCUUUUCCGUAGCUCCUAUGGCAAUAAAUCUAUCCCUGACCUUUAUGGGUUGCAUAAUUGCACCAAUCUAUCCAAUGAUUCCAUCGAACUCUCCCCCCAGACGGCUAUUCUCCAACAGCUCCUCAAAGACCUCCAGAACAAAUCCAACAAUGAAAAAAAACCCAGCGAUCAAAAUUGUGAGAAACUUGAAACCAGUUCGACUGCUCGCAGAGUCAGCGUAAAAAUUUAUUUAUUAAAUGAUAGAGUAACUGUAGCUUUCCUUCAAACAAUGUUCCACUCGAACGAUGGGAAUUUACCCAAUUACAUUUUUGCUUGA